AUGACUGGGUUUCUGAUUCCCACUUGGGUGACUGAGCGCAAAACAAAGUGGGGACUCGGGUUGCAGCAGCUGAUUGACAUGCCCGCUGAGAACAUCUACAACUUUGGUUAG